GGUCAAAGGGACGAAGGGUCAGCCGGAAGUUCGAGAAGUGGAGAAAGAUGGUGGCGCGGAGGACUCGCUCGAUGGCUAGGGAAAGAGUCGCUGCGGAGGCUGCCGCCGCCACCGCCGCCUCAGAAGAGGACGAGGAGAGUGACGAGGCUCCCGAGGAGGUGACCUUCGAGAGCGCGCGCGCCGCGGCCGAGGAGGCGCGCCGGUUGGCGGGGGAGCGCGUGCGCAGAGAAAAGGCUACCUUAAAAGAAAAGAGACGACAGAAAGAAGAACUAUUUAAGGAACAAAAGAAAAGAAAGCUGCUUCCUGAAAAUGUGUUGGAGGAGUUGGCAUCAUCAACACAGACUAGCAAAAAUCCGCCAUCAGCCAUGCAAGAGCAAGGUCAGAAUGUUGAAGAUGAUUCUGAAAGUGAGAAUGGCCAAAAAGAUACAGAGGAAGACAGUGAAGAAAACUUGGCAACUAGGCUCCAAGAAAGCUAUAUGGCUGUGCAGCUAAAAGAUCAGGAUUUAACCAACAAGCAGCAGCAAGUGGCCAAAGACUUCCUACAAAAACACCUCUAUGGAAGAGGCUGCCACCGAACAACAGCAAACCAGUAUUUUUCUGUUGGAAACAAGAGAAGUGAUGUUAAAAAAGCUGCAUUCCAGUUUGUGAAUAAGUCUUGGGGUGAAAUGGAAAAGCAAAAGGCUAAGAAGUUCACAAAGCACUGGGUUUCUUCAAAGAUAAGCUGCUGAAACACAGACUACAUUUUGACAAGUUGUGGAAAAUAAAUUGGAGUUUCUAAGUAA